AUGGUCUACCCGAUGCCUCUGAUCAGCGAUCUACUAGAAGAUCUGGAUAAAGCACUAUGGUACUGCUCGUUAGACAUGGCCAGCGGGUUCUGGGUCGUGCCCAUGGCGGAUCGGGCUCGCGAGAUCUCAGCAUUCAUUACUCCAUUUGGACUAUUCGAAUGGAAAUGCCCCACAGAUUUAUCACUAGUAGACAACGCGCUGUAUGGAGUUUUGAAGAUCUCGCGAUCCGGCGACGCUGGAGCUACCACAGACGUGUUCCAGACAGGGAUCGCGGACGGUCCUGAUCGCGAGUCCGUGUUGGGUCGGAGAUCAUACAUCGACGACAUCAUGAUCGCAGCGGAAUCGUGGGACCAAAUGUGCCGAAGAGUGGAGGAUCUGUUGGAGACUUGUGAUAAGUGGAAUUUGUCGAUCUGUGUAGCCAAGAGCUUUUGGGGCAUAGAUAAGGUAGGAUAUCUGGGACACCGAGUGUCGAUCGGGGGUUUGGAGGCAAGCCCGAAACACCGGAAAUCGUUGACCGAUCUGCCGUUCCCUGGGUCUCUGCGAUCUAUGCAGUCAUUCCUGGGCAAUCUGAGGGAGAUCUUGGACCGGAAUGACCCGAUCCCUCGAGAUCACGACCCAACGGGACUGAAGUUGACAGGAUCAGCGGACGAGAGGUGGAUCAGGGCGCAUAGGGCCUUCAUCGCCCUGAAAACCAAGAUCACGACUACCCCAGUCCUCCGCCAUUUCGACGAGACGAGAACGCCGGUGGUUAUCGUAUAUGCCAUCGCACUUGAAGACGAACGAGUUGAACUAUCGAACGAGUUGAAUUACAAUGUGACUGAGAAGGAGGUGUUGGCGCUGCUGAGGAUCUUGGAUCUCUAUUACAAUUUGCUAGUAGGACGCGAGGUCCGGGUCCUGACGAGGCAUUCUACGUUAGCCUGGCUGUUCAAGUCGACGGGGUUGCAGGGUCGCCUGGGACAAUGGUCUGCCCUCCUGGCCCCAUGGACGCUCCAGAUCACGAAGUGCACGAAGGGUGAAGACGAGAUACUGGGGUCGAUCGCUGCUAGUAUCACGCUGAGGGCGAAGAUCGACGAUGCUCUGACCGAGAUCGCUCCCCGGAAAGAACCAAAACGCCGGGUCCAAGCGCCGAUACCCACCGUAGAUCGAGAUGAGGAACUAUGGGUGAUCACCUUUGACGGAUCCGCUCGAAUUAAGCGCGGUGGGGGCGCGUUCAGUGCGAUC